UGGUGAGGUUUGGAACCACUAAUCCGGUUGUACACCCAACACCAUGGUUGAGACCCGUAGUGGGACAAGCACUAGCCCCUACACUCAGGAGCAGCAAGAGAAGAUGGCCGCCAUAGUGAAGGAAAACAGAGAGAGGAAGGAGCUCCUGAAGCAAGCGAAGCUGAAGGCUAUCGCAGAGGAGCAGGCGGCAAAGAUGGAGUUAGAGGAGGAGAUGGAGAAGAAGAAGAAGGCUGCCGAAGAAGAAGCGGCAGCGGAAGUAGAGGAGGAGAGGAAACGAAAGGGGAAAGAAGUAGAGAGCAGUGGCACAAUGAAAGAAGAAGCAGAGAUGGAGAAAAAAACAAGUGAGUGGAUCGCCAAUUUAUCGUUGGGGGAAGAUGAGGAGGCAGAGUUCUACGUCCCAAAGGAUGAGAGGGAUGCGUUGGCCAGCGAACUAGCAGCGAUGGAGGACCCCUUGGAACGAAGGGAAAGAGAAGAGGAGAAGAAAUCGGAAUGGAAGUUGAGGAUGAAGAGAGAGAAGAAGAAGAGGAGGGAGGAAGUUAAUAGGUUGACUGCGGAAGUGGCGAAGGUGCAGGACUGUAGGCGAGAAGUGGGGGCACAGGCAAAUGUUUCAGCCAAGAUGGACAAAAUGCUGGGACACGGGGAUUCGGUCCCCUCUGAGGCUUUGGCCUGGGUGGUGUGCUUCCCGGCGAGCGUCACUGUGUUAGUGACUUGGCACUGCGUUGAGGCCAUUGUGUACGGUCUAGCCAUGGCGCUGCAUGGCUAUAGGCCUGGGUACUGGUAUCACCAGGCCCGUUGGAAGCCCGUGUCCGGGGAAGGGCCCUGGAUCACCGUUAUACUCAACUACGAUGGUGGAGAUGAAGUGCUACUGAAGAUCAACGUGGAGGGAGCAAAAGAGGUGGAGAUGCGGACCGAUGGAAAGCUGCAAGACGCGAUUACAGAGGCAAGAGAUCGAGCGGAGAGACGCUGUAGGAGGGACGGUGUGACGGCGAGACUACGGAUAACAGUGACUUACCAAGAGACAGAAACUUCGAUGGACACGGCGGACCUAGAGCAGGCCCACCAGGACAGGGACUCAGGUGGGGAGAGUGAGAUGAGUGGAGCAGAAGAUCGGGAAACGGACCUCAGGUCCUGGAACAGACCAGGCGAGAUCCAGAGGCAUCACCGAGCUGUGAAACCGGUGGAAGAGGGGCCCGAGGCCAGCUCCCGACAACUGACGCCCAGAGGCCACGGGGCUGGUACGGACGUGCUGAAGACGAAGCUGGAGCAAUGGCCACGCAGGUGCUUCGGCCGGCUCGGUGGGGAGGUGGUGGGGAGGUGCGUCGGCCGGCUCGGUGGGGAGGUGGUGGGGAGGUGCUUCGGUAGCCUCGGUGGGGAGGUGUUGGGGAGGUGCCUCCGCCGGCUUGGUAGGGAGGUGGUGGGAAGGUGCUUCGGCCGGCUCGGUGGGGAGGUGAUGGGGAGGUGCUUCGUCCAGGUUGGUGGGGAGGUGGUGGGGAGGUGCUUCGGUAGGCUCGCUGCGGAGGUGCUUCUUCCGGCUUGGUGGGUAGGUGCUACGGUCGGCUCGGUGGGGAGGUGCUUCCGCCGGCUCGGUGGGGACGUGAUGGGGAGGUGCUUCGGCCAGGAGCACCUUGCACUGGCUGGUACCAACCUUUUCCAAAGCUCCGGAUUGAUCUCACAUGGCAGCUGUGAUCGCGAGGACACUCUGUUCCCUAGCAGUAUGUGCCGACUGCUUGCGCCUGCCAAGUGUCUCUGCCCGGACGGGGUUGGCUGUUGUCCCUGCAGUGUCUGCACCGCCAUCCGUGCAACCGCUGCUGUGCUGCAGCAUCCAUUGUCGCCUCGUUCCGCUGCUCGCUCGGUUCUCCGCCAACGCUUCCUGUAUCCCAAGUGUUGCCUAACCUGCUCGAACCACUGGCUUGCGACCCCUGUGCAUCCGCAUUCUCAGGUAAUGUCUGCGAACGGCGUCCCUCUUCACUCUGAUGCGACUUGAUCACCUGAUAAAUUGCACGACUACGC